AUGGGUAAUUACAAGUCACGUCCACCAUCUUCAUGUGCAGAUGAAUUGAAAAAAAAAAUUAGUGAAGGUUAUGCGGUAGUACGAUCAAGACUUAAUGAUGAUAUCAAACCACGUUUUGAUGCUUGGAAUGUGCUACAGAAUGCAUGCUUUCAAGGUACAUUGAAAACAAUGGAAGAAUCAUUGAAAGGUUUGAAAAAUCUGGAUGAACGUACCGAAGACCAUCAAUUGUCAUUGCUACAUCUCAUUUGCGCUGGACAUUCGGAGCAGCAACCUGAAAAAGUUGCCAUUCUAUUUGAAGCAUGUGGUGAUGAUGAGAUGAAAAAAGAAUUACUCCUCAAAUAUCUUUCUAAGAAUGGCUUUUCUGCUCUUCAUUUCGCCGUCUAUAAGGAUGAAAUAGAAACAGUGGAAAAACUGCUGACAGCUGGAGCAGACGUUGAUUUUGCGGGUCGCAACAAAUUACCACCUCUCCAUUUGGCCGUAAUGUGUGGUAAUGCUGAGAUGGUGGAAAAGCUGAUCGACCGAGGCGCUUCGUUACAAAUUGCUGACUUUGUAAAUUUCACUCCACUUCAUUGCGCCACUUAUUUUGCUCAUGAAAAGAUAGUACGCUUACUAAUGAAACGUGGUGCUGAUCCAAAUGCUUGUGGUGGUGUACGAGAUCGACCGCUGCAUCUGGCCAGCAAUAAAGGACAGAUUAGUAUUGUUUCUGCACUUCUGGAAGCGGAUGCAGAUCCAACCCUAGCUGAUGAUGAAGGUAAUACGUCGUUACAUUUCGCUGCAAAAACAGGUCACGUUGGAAUCAUCGAUUUAUUACUCCUAAAAAUUGGUACUGGUCAUCAGGAAUUAGCUUUGAAAACCAAUGUUUAUGGUGAUACACCGCUUCAUGCAGCUUGUUAUGCAGGACGUUUGGAUGCAGUGAAACGGUUGUUAGAUUUUGCUGGAUCGAUUACUUUGAAUAUGGAAAAUGUUUUCUCCGAAACACCUCUACAUGCAGCUUGUACCAAUGGCAGGAAUUUGGAAUUGGUGGCUUUUUUAUUGAAACAACCUGGUGUAGACGCCAAUUUUCAAGGGCAGGAUGGUCAUACUGCCCUGCACAGCGCAUGUUAUCAUGGGCAUUUACGAUUUGUACAAUUUCUUUUGGAUAAUGGUGCAGAUCAGUCAUUGACUGCUCGAGCUGUUGAUUAUUCGCUCUUACCAAGCGGAACAUUAAGUGGCAACUGCUUAUUUUUUGAGAACAAGAGAUACGGCAUCACACCAGUAUCGUCAACUGUAGCUCAAACGAUGCUUGCGUUAUCCAAAGAAUCCGGUAGUUCAGUUGGUGGUGGUGGUAGUUCAACCAUUUCAUCUGCUAGCCUCAAUGAUGAUCAACAGCAAACACCUAUUAUUUGGGCAUAUGAAAAGGGUCACGAUCAGAUCGUCGCCUUACUCAAACAUUAUGCAAACAAACGUCCAGAUUCUGAUGUUUGCUCAGAAUACAGUUCUGGCGAAAGCAGUUAUACACCACUGCCCAGUCCUCUUGGUCGCUUGCGCUCAGUGACUAAAGAAAAAGCUGAAAUAUUGCAAUUGAGAGCUUCACUGUGCAGUCAGUUUCAUCUUUCGUUAACAGACGUCGAUUUUCAGGAAGCUAUCGGUAGUGGUUCAUUCGGGAAAGUUUACAAGGGUACGUACCGCGGCAAAAUAGUAGCCAUCAAAAGAUAUCGUGCAGUGGCAUUUGGUUCCAAGAGUGAAGUUGAUAUGUUCUGUCGCGAAGUAUCAAUUCUGAGUAAACUCCAACAUCCGAAUGUGAUUAAUUUUGUUGGUGCAUGCUUGGAUGACCCAAGCCAAUUUGCAAUAAUCACAGAAUUUCUUGUUAAUGGAUCCUUAUUUUCCUUACUACAUGAACAGAAACGGGUUCUGGAAAUGGCUUUGCGUCUAAAUAUAGGGAUUGAUGUUGCACGUGGAAUGCGAUACCUGCAUGAGCUGGCUAAACGACCGGUGAUCCAUCGAGAUCUCAAUUCUCAUAAUAUUCUUCUUCAUGAGGAUGGCCACGCUGUGGUAGCGGAUUUUGGUGAAUCACGCUUUAUGGCACAAUACGACGAUGAAAAUAUGACCAAACAACCGGGAAAUCUUCGCUGGAUGGCACCUGAAAUUUUCACUCAAUGUGGCCGGUAUGAUCGAAAAGCCGAUGUAUUCAGUUAUGCUUUGUGCAUUUGGGAGCUUCAUGCUGCAGAACUACCGUUCGCUCACUUGAAACCUGCUGCUGCUGCAGCUGAGAUGGCUUAUAAACGAGGUCGUCCACCCUUACCUCCACAUCCAACUGUUCAAUUCCCGGCGCAUAUUUUGUAUAUGAUAACAUCAGCAUGGCAUCAUGACCCAAAAUCUAGACCCGCUUUUGCGGAUAUUUUACCAAACAUCGAAAAGUAUGCGUCACCAGUUAAACCACCUAAUGGAGUAUCUCCCAGUAAUGGUACAACAGAUUGCGGAUUGUUAUCUGUUUCGAAACUCAAGAAUCAUUGGGAACGUAAAGGAAUACCACAAGAGUCAACACAACAUUCUACUGCUAGCACAUUUUCAAAUUCAAACAAUGGCAUAGCUUCAUCUUCCUCCACAUCAUCGAUUUUAUCAUCAAUAUCAUCGUCAACCAAAGCUGUUGAUGAACUUCGACAACGGCUAGAUCGUAAUGGAUAUGUUUUACAACCAAUUAUCACUGUUGAUAAUGCUUCCAUAUCGUGA